GUUCUGUUGAGAGGAGACGUAGUCGGCGAGCGAGAAGAAAAUGAGGGAGAUGCAGACGAAAGCCGUCAUUGGAACAAAGAUCUGUGCUCAAGUGCGAACGUGAGACAUAUACAGGAGGAGAAAUGAGUCCGGCCGGCACAAGGACUUGCGUGAUCCUUGGCGCGAUCAUCCUGGCGAUCAGUCUUACGAACGGAGAUUACAAGCACGACAUACAUAUCCCGUGCGUAAACACGUCAGAUUGUAGGAACCUAUCGACACUUCCCAGAGAUGCUUUUUGCAAAGGGGGUUAUUGCAUGUGUCCGAUGGUAGAUGUUGACGUUCAACCUUGCUCUAGCAUCAAUGCAUCUAUGCACGAAAAGAAAAUUUCAGCUCCGUUAGUCUAUCGAACGUGCAGGCUCAACCAAGAUUGUAAUUUCCCGGGCGGAAUUUGUAAUGAUACUAUUCGCCAAUGCGUCUGCUCGAAAAACUACGUGCCAGCGGACAACGGGCGAGGCUGCGUCUUAAAGGCUGACUCGAUCGAGGCUUCUUGCACAGAUGAAAAUCAAUGCUUAGCGUUUUUGGCGAAUACUACCUGUGAGAAUAAUAAAUGCGUUUGUAAAUCUGAUUACUAUUACGUAGACAAAGCAUGCUGGAAAAUGGUCGAAUAUGAUGAACCAUGCACGAAAAACGAGGAGUGUUCGCACAUCGAGGGUAGUAUCUGCACUGACGACAUGACAUGCAGAUGUGCGGCCGAAAUGGUGCUAAAUACGAACAAUACGAAGUGUUUGCCGGCUGCCAAAGAGAUGCAAGACGAAUGUACGGAGUCGAUACAGUGCGAGGCGACGUUCGAAUUCUCAAUUUGCGUCGACGAAAAGUGCCAAUGCGAUCAGAAUUUUCAUUACGAACGCGAGCUAACGAGGUGUUUCUUCAACAAAGCAAUCGGCGAUGAGUGCGCGAACGAUUACGAGUGUUACCAGGCCGAGGAUUACGAGAACGACCCGCCAAUCAAGUCUAUGAUUUGCAACUCUAACAUAUGCACGUGCGCCGAUAAUUACACUUUUAGCGAAAACAAAUGCGUGAACGCCGGCUCGUCCGUCGCAGUGAUCUCGUCGCUAAUUCUCUCUGUGAUAGCGCUAAUUAUCCUUUCGUGAAACACAAAGUUAUGAUUUCUCCGAAGAGGUAUACUCGACGUUCGUUGUAAGUCAAUGAAGUUGAACUUCUGAUCAUGAUAUCGUGCAUGCGUAAGAGAAACAGAAUCUCAUGAAGAAAAAUACGUGUGUAGAGCCGCCGUGACCAAGGAGAUAAUUAUUCUUGGAUUGUUUACCUGCAAUUUGUAAUUAUUCAUGUUAUCAUUUGCAAGACUUCUCAUUUGCAAAGACUCUUAAGAGAGAUCUCGCGAGUUUCUCACGAGUAAUAAAAAUAUUGCGUUAACACGCACUAGUCUUACGUAAACGGUCUCUCGCGAAUCAAAAUGUAUGCAUGAACUUCCUGUAUAAAUAUGUACAUAUGAGAACUGUCAUAAUGAUAGUUCGAGAGUGAGAAAGAAAAACGGGAAAGAAAGAGCAAGAUGAACGGCAUUGUUCAAGCUUUAAUGAUAGAUUACUUUAUCACUUUAUUUAUGUAGAUUUGAACACUCAGAGAUAAUUUCGUAUUUAUUAAUUGUAAAGUGCUAGUACCGAUUAUGAAUCGAGUCCUAUUUAUGCGCGCGUCGACGUACAGAUAUUUAUUUCAAUUUAAAGUACUUUAGUUUAAGUGUUAUUUAAAUUUACUGUAUUAAAAAAUUUACGAUUAGAAAGAUUUCAAAUCUUUUCAGUAACUUUUUAGCAAGGUUAAUAUUUUUUUCUAAAGUUUAAAGUGCAAUAAUCGCAAACACAGAGAGGAGUUUCCUCGAGUAAAAGAAAAAGUUUGUUUGAAUCAAAGAAAUUUGUUAUUCCAUUUUGUUAUUCCAAAGACAUUUCUUGCACAGAUAUUUCGAAAUACUACUGAAACGUUUCAUUCUUUCAGUUUAAAUAUUUUUGAGACAUCUCUGAAAAAUAUCUGUUUGUGCUAUUUGGGUACUUACACUAAUAAAAUUACAAAAAACUC